AUGGCCGACAGAAAGAAGAGGUGCACAGGAUCUCCUCGGACGGAUGCAGUCGCCGAGUUCUUAUCUGCACAGGAAGCCACCGCAGGCCUCCAAUCCGAAUGCCUUUGGCUGCUUCUUACUUAUGAAUCGAUCCGCCUCAGAGAUGAAGGAUUGCAAGUUGACGGAACGCAGCCGCAAGCGACAGACACCCUCGAAGACCAGGGCAUCCUCACUACAACAUCAUCAGCUGCAAAUGAUGAGGCAGAUAGCCACACCAUGCAUGACGAUGCCGCCUUCAUCUCGCCCCCCUCUGCGGCUUUGGCGUUCAAGGGUGCCAGCUGGGACUGCCUUGGAGAUGCAAUGAAGUCCCUUUCUUGUGGCAAGGCCUUCUACUUCGACUCCCGUGGCGACUUGGUUCUGAAGGUGGGCGAAGCCUUUCACGAAGGCGGACGCGAAUUCGUUGUCUGUUCGAGGACUGUUGCGCGAUGGUCCAAGGUCUUCAACGCCAUGUUUUUCGGCGGUUUCGCAGAGUCUGUCUCUUUAGCUCGCGACGGUACGUGGACAGUUGCACUGCCUGAGGACAGGGCGGCUCCCGUCUUUCUCAUCCUGGCGAUCAUUCAUGGCACUCACCAGCCCAUACCGAUGGUUUUGGGACGCGAUGAGCUCUUUGACCUCUUGAUAGUGACAGAGAAGUACGAUAUGACACAUGUUCUUCGACCGUGGGCUUCUCAGUGGGUUCAGAAUUUGCCCCUUGACAACUCCGAGAACACUACGGGCCAAUACCGCGACGUGUGGAUUGCCUGGGAGCUAGGUUGCGAAGCUAGCUUUUGCAAGAUGCUCAAGGACAUCUUGUGGGACUGUCGCGUGGACGAUUCUGGUCAGCUCAUCAACAUCCACGGUGUGCCUCUGAGCACAGUUCCAUGCCUGGAGCCCUCCAGUAUUCUUGGUAUGAACCCCAUCGGCUAA